AAAGCGGAGACAGACAGAGAGAGAAAAGUCUGUGGAAUAGUUUUGACCAGUUUUUACUUCACUAUAUUGAACUUUACUUUUGCAUAGCUGUGAUUCUUCUCCUGCUGGUGACGACUCAGUGGGUUUGGGGAUUUGGUUUCAGCACUAGGGUGCACUCGUGUCUAUUGGCCAGGCCAGUGCAGCAGCAGUGAUGAACUGGUCGGGACUGGAGAGUCUGUUGAGUGGAGUCAAUAAAUACUCCACUGCGUUCGGGAGGAUUUGGCUGUCCAUGGUCUUUGUGUUCCGUGUCUUGGUGUUUGUGGUGGCAGCGCAGAGGGUUUGGGGUGAUGAAAGCAAAGACUUUGUUUGUAAUACUCGACAGCCUGGCUGCACCAACAUCUGCUAUGACCACAUCUUCCCCAUCUCCCACAUCCGUCUGUGGGCGCUGCAGCUUAUUUUUGUCACCUGCCCGUCUCUGAUGGUGAUGGCUCAUGUCAAGUACCGUGAAGGAAAGGACAGGAAAUAUGUGGAGCUGCACCACGGCUCUCACCUGUACGCCAACCCUGGAAAGAAGAGAGGGGGCCUGUGGUGGACCUACCUGCUGAGUUUGGUCUUCAAAGCUGGAUUCGACACAUCAUUUCUUUACAUCCUGUAUCGGAUAUACCACGGAUAUGACCUGCCGAGGUUAUCCAAGUGUUCACUGGAGCCCUGCCCCAACACCGUGGACUGCUUCAUCAGUCGUCCAACAGAGAAAAAGAUCUUCAUGUUGUUCAUGGUCAUAUCUAGCGCGCUGUGCAUCUUCAUGUGUAUCUGCGAGAUGUUUUACCUCAUCGGUAAGCGCAUUGCCAAGUUGUUGAGGGUCCGCCAAGACAACGAGAGGCUCCUAUUUGCCGAGCAGCAUGAGCUCACCAACAUGGCCCCGCCCAGAUCCCAGUAUCGUAAGACUGAUCCAACACUGUCAGACAGUCAGCUGAGUUUGAACAAGAGGGAGAAGAUCAGAGAAGGUGGCAUAACUACGACCUUGUAGGACUCAGGGGUCACCAAACUGGGCAUUUGUUUCUUACGGGUGACCACACAACAGGACCAAAAGUUACCUGAUAAAGUUAUGAGACCAAAAGACUGAUAAAAGGGUUCAUCCUGUGUAUCGUGAUCCUGUGACCCAGCUCACCAUGAAACAUUUAUGACUCUCCGUUGGAAGGCUCUCUAACUCCGGCUGGUUGUAUGUUGCAGAACACUGUUAAAGAAAAGGACUUCUAGUGUUACUAUGGAUAUCACAUUUCUAUCUUUGUGCCAACUUAUGGCUGACUAUACAAGGACAAAUAUCCAGGAGCUGGCUUUCAUAUGUCAUGAUACUGUGAUGGUGUGUUUCAGGGCAUUGUUGAUUAUGAAUCAACAUCAAUAUGUUGUAUGUCAUGUCACACGUCACACCCUGGUGUAAGUAAAUUUCAGCACUUGUCUUGGUAUCUUCAACACUGUUAAUAGCUUUAUCAAUUGCGUGAAUGAGAGGACGCUUCUGGUUCUCUGUGUGUUCAUAUUUUUUUCUACUAAAGGUACCAAAAUGUCACUGGGAAUUUGAUGAGCUGACGCCUGACAUAAGUGUUGUUAUCCAACAAGAUUUAAGGUCUCAUGUCCAUCAAAGCGUUUUUUUGUCCCAGCUGAAGAUGCCAGGCACUCCUCAGGAAAGUGCUUGUGCAGCGUAUGUUCAGCUGAGACGCUUUGGUUAUGUCUAGUUGCUAUAAUACGGAAUAUCCACAGAAGUAAAAACUUCAGUGCAAGGUGGAGCACCUAAUCUGGAUAAAGAGGAGGCUAAAGCACGUGGGGAGAGGACAGACCCACCAGUCUAUGUUUGUUCAUGAGAGGAACAUAUAUAUAUAUAUAUAUAUUGUGUAUUAACAUAUUUUUCCUCCAUUGUUGUUGUUGAUCAGCGCUUGUUCAUGUAAGAUGUCACGGUUGAUCUUGGUGGUAUUCGUCCCUCCUCCACUGUGAUCGGACGGCUGAGUGAAAAGUGAGAGUAAUGAGUGCAGCAUUUGACCCAAAGUUAAACUUUUUUCAACUCAAAACACCAAAAGUGCAGACUAGAUGCUCUUUGCAUU